AUGAACAAGUGCCAGGCUCCAGGCAGCCAGGAGAGAGCAGCGUUUAACCCCGGCCCUCGCCCUGCGUCCUGGGGCCGCCGGGCUGAGAGCAGAGGGCACAUGAAGAAGAGCCGGAGUGUCCUGGCUGUGACGGCGGACGAGAAGCCCAAGGACCUGCUGGACCCCGGGCUCUGCAGCCGCUCCUACACCGCUGGCAGCAUGCUGGGCACGGACCUGCGGCGCGGCCGGCGCCGCCUCUCCUCCAGCCUGCAGGUGCCACCAUGGAGACCCCUGGACCGGGCACGAUCGCCGGAGCCUGACAGCGUCCAGAGGCCGACCACCCUGCCCCUGUGCAUCCCGCCCCGCAUCGCCAUCACCCACGCCGAGCCGGACAGGUAG